AUGUGGGAUACCGCCAAUGUAUACCAGGAUAGCGAAGUGCUCCUUGGAAAAUGGUUCAAACGCACUGGCAAGCGGAAUGAGAUCUUCCUUGCGACCAAAUUCGGGGUUUUCAACUCUGGCGGCAGAACUAUCAACGGUGACCCGGAGUAUGUCCACCAGGCAUUCGAAACAUCGCUGAAGCGGCUUGGUGUUGACAAGGUCGAGCUCUACUAUCUGCAUCGCCCGGACCCAACGGUCCCGAUUGAGCGUACCGUUGGUGCUAUGGCCGAACUCGUGAAAGCUGGCAAAGUGAAGUACCUCGGUCUUUCCGAAUGCUCUGCCGACACGUUGCGGCGUGCACACGCGGUGCACCCGAUCUCCGCACUUCAGGUCGAGUACUCACCGUUCACGCUGGACAUCGAGGACGAGAAGAUCGGCCUGUUAAAGACUGCACGCGAGCUGGGCGUCACCAUCAUCGCGUACUCGCCGCUUGGACGAGGCCUCAUCACGGGCAAAUAUCGGUCGCCCGACGACUUUGACGAGGACGACGCCCGACGCAAAGUCCCGCGGUACUCGAAGGAGAAUUUCCCCAACAUCCUCAAGCUCGCGGACGGCCUCAAGAGGAUCGGGGAUCGCCACGGCGCGACGGCGGGUCAAGUCUCGCUCGCGUGGCUCCUCGCGCAGGGUCCCGACGUCAUCCCCAUCCCCGGCACCACAAAGAUUCCGUCUCUGAAGGAGAAUUUGGAUGCGGCGAAGCUGACGCUCACGCGAGAGGAGGUCCAAGAGGUGCGGGAUAUCGCUAAGGUAGCAAAUGCGGCAAACGGCCCACGCUAUCGCCCGGCGUUGGAGGCCGUCUUGUUUGCUGACACCCCACCGCUAUAA